AUGUUGCCAGGCUUGCUUAUUUCUCCAGCCUCCUGUUUUUCUAAUUUGGAUUGUGGCAGUUUUUAAAAAAUCUCUAACCACGUCUAUUUACUUGUCUGGUUUCCAUCCAGCCCUUAUGCUGUAGAUUGAAUUUAGCUCCAGUGCCUCAAUGUUAGGAGACUGCAGCAUGCUUGGCCAAUAUCUGCCCUGGCAUCACAGAAGUUUAAACGAAUUCAUGUCAUAAUAUGUGUUGCUUUGUGAACUUAUUUGAGCCCUCCGUUCUCAGCUGUCUUUUAAGAGCACUGACUUGCAGGGAUGCUCCAUUGAUGUCUGAUGCUGUUCCCCAUUCAGAUCUGAGCAGUGGUACUUCCCGCAUUAUGCUUCUGCCACUUCCCCAUUAUCGCUCUCGCCCGAUGCAGAACCAUUUGUUUGAGACUGCUGAGUACUGACUAAUGAGGGGGCAAGAGUUCUGCAGGUCGGUAUCUGUUUUAAAAUACUGCAUUUCCAAAGAGUGCUUAAUGCUUUACCGUCGUCAGCCUGUUUCAUGUAACUGUUACAUCUUUGCAGCUUUCUCUAUCUCUCUGCCUCCACUGACUGGGGAUGGCUGUAGCAGAGCCUCUGAGUGCCCUUUCCCGCUGGUAUCUCUAUGCCAUUCACGGCUACUUCUGCGAGGUGAUGUUCACAGCAGCCUGGGAUUUUGUGGUGCACUUCAACUGGAAAUUUCCCGGGGUCACCAGCGUCUGGGCCCUGUUCAUCUACGGCACAUCCAUGCUGAUAGUGGAGAGGAUGUACCUCUACCUCAGGGACAAGUGCUGCACCGCUGCCCGGUGCCUCAUCUACACCGUCUGGACGUACAUCUGGGAGUUCUGCACGGGCUAUAUCCUGCGGCAGUUCGAUGCCUGCCCGUGGGACUACUCGCAGUUCGAGUUUGACUUCAUGGGGCUGAUCACCCUGGAGUACGCCAUUCCGUGGCUCUGCGGCUCCUUCCUCAUGGAGAAGCUGGUCAUCAGGAACACGCUGCGCCUGAGGUUCGACCGCCCCCGGGACGCGGCGGCGGCGGGAGCAGCGCCGACAGCCUGGUGCCCCAGCGGCCUGACCAACGGACACAUCAAGACCGACUGACCCUCCCCUCUCCUCCGAACCGAUCUGUGGCGGGGCGGGAGAUGAGGACAGAAAUGAUGGCGUGGCGAGAAUGGGUGAAGGAGCUACAUUUCGGCGUCCACAGAGAAUUGACGAAAGGCAGACCUAACGGGCAGACAGUGCCGCUUGCAGCAAUUCCCCGCCCCCGCGGUGACGUCAGGCGGCCAGUGCUGGAUGUUGAUUGGCCGGGACAGCUGUCACUCAGGCCAUUUGAACCCUGCGGCACGAGCUCAGACCGUUGUUUCCCGCUCACUCAUGGUAACGGCUCAAUUACCAAAAAAAAGACAGUGACUUUAGUCAUAUAUAUGUACACCUACUUAGUCUGCUUUGCAUUUUCUUUCCUUUCAGUUGUCGAUUCUAUUUGUGCCCGAUGCCCACUGUGUUGUGUUACCCCCACACAAGCCAAUCCAACUUCUUGAAAAGGGGAACUUCCAUUAGUCAUUAUUAGAUUCCCAAUUCCAGGUAUUUAAUGAAUUCAAUUCCACCAUUUGCAAAGGCAGGAUUUGAACCCAGGUCCACAGGGUCAGUAGAUUAAUAGUCUAGCAAUAAUACCACUAAGCCAUCACCUCUCCUAUUCUCCAAGUCCACCGAAGAAACUUAUCUGGAAUGUUAAUCAGAGUGCGCCCUACCUUCUUGGGACCCAUAGGUUGCUAAAGUACUCUCAUUGAAAAGAUUCAGUGCUCUGCAGCUGGCUUUGUUUUCGAACCGUUAUCACAGAAUGCCAGAGUCGACUCAGCUGAUCAUGUCACUGAGCUGGCACAUUCUCCAGAACUGAAGAAACAUCCACAGCUUGACAUGCCUCUAUAACAUUUUAAAUGGACAGUUAACUAUUUCUAAGUACCAUAGUAGCAAGCCCACAAGUAAUCGAGAUCGAAGAAUUUACAACCAAAUGUUUCCCUCUGCUAGGAUAAUUCAGAGCUGAAACAAUUUUGCACAAACUUUACUCUGCAUGCCAUCCAAGGAUUAAUUAUCCGUAUUCAUUGGGCAUAUAUUGUGAAAAUGUCCCAGUUGAAGGCUGCAGAAGGAAAAACUACCAAAUGCUGAGUUACAUGAGUUGAAAGGAUUGUUUCUGAGAGAUCUGCAAGUUGUUGUUUAUGUUUUAUGUUUGCUUAUUGCAUUUUUAUUGUUCCGUCUGAGAGGGGAAAGAUAACCAUUUAAACUUGCAUUUAGAACUACUUCAAAAUUGCGAACAAGGAAUUGGGAACUCAAAGCCUUGAGCAUUCAUCUGUUAAUAUUCGAGCCAGUGUGUUAACAGACUUCUUUGGGUUAAAAAAGCAAAGAUUAUAGAAUCCCUACUGUGUGGAAACAGGCCAGAUGGCCCAACAAGUCCACACCAACCAUACAAAGAGUAUCCCAACCAUUCCAUUACCCAAUUACUUUACAUUUCCCCUGACUCAUGCACCUGUUACAUGGGCAUGUUCGUUUUGUGGAAACUUAGCAGUGCACCAACUCUGCAGCAAGAAAUAAUGAACAGUUGCCCCUUGCUAGCAUUACUACCUGAUAUUUUUUCAAGACAUGUCAAUUAUUUGACCAUUAUAUGACAAAAAAAUGUUUUCACCCAAUAAGUAGUUUGAUGGAGGCAGAUUCAAUUGUGAUUUUAAAAUGGGAAUUGGACAGCCAUCUACAGAGAAACAAGUUGCAAGGCAACCAGGAAAUCCAUGCUAGGGUCUAGGUGAGUUGUUGUUGCAGAGAAUUGGCAUGAACAUGAUGAGCUGAAUGGUCUGUGCCCCAUGAUUCAUCAGACUUUCGUUUUAAACACACUAAGUUUCACUCAACCUUCUUUCUCAACAGUCAGGUGGUACAGUAGCUAAUGAGACCUUUUAAAUGGAUGUUGACAGUUCUUUACUACAAAAUGUGCCAUGUUAAAUUGUUGAUACUGUUGCAAUUUCAUCACUUUGCUCAUCUCAUUCUGAUCAAACCACAAAGUCUUUGUCAAAAUUUUGGUUGAGAUUCCAAAGGUAGCAGCACGGGCACAUUCACUUUAUGGAAACUUAGCAGUGCAGCAACUCAGCAGCAAUAAAUAAUGAACAAUUGCCUCUCUCUAGCAUUACUACCUGAUAUUUAUUCAGGACAGUCUGUCAUGUCAAUUAUAUGCCAUGCAGUUGUGUGCCCAUGUGCAUCUUAACACCCGGCAUCACCAUCUCUGGUGGGAAUGUAGGAAGGGUUCUGAAGUUAGAUUCCCUCCUCCCCAAUCUCCUGAAGAGACACUGAUUUUAAUUGGGUUGCUUUUCCAGAGUAGUUGCUCGUCAGCAGCACUUUAGCUAAAUGGCCAUUGUAACAGAUGAUUUGUCCAAAGUAAUAUUCAGACCGAAGUCCCCAUCACCAUCAGAACAUGUGCAUUCUCAGGGUUGAGAUCUGCAACAUAUGUUGUUUUGUCAGUGCCCAGAAGAGCAGGACUGAAACAAACUGGAAUGAACUGGGAUCCAAGCUGUGACCUGCUCAAUUUGAUAUGGCAUGUACUUUUAACAAGCAGACUAUGCUCAAUCCUUUGAAAAUGGAAUGUUACAUUUUAAUCUGUGUAAUCAACAACUUUUAUAAUUGUUACAAAAUCAAAUGGACUGAAAGGAUUGUCCUCACCUUCGCUGCUUUUUGGUCAACAUUUAUUUAAACAACCUGAGAAAUGCCCAGUCAAUGGCACCGAUUGUGGCCUCAGUGCCAUGUGGACUAAAUAGGGAAAAGUUGUUACCCACUGAUCUCCUGCUGGUAAAUGCACAUCAGGGUGCUGUGAGGUCUACUGGUGGAAAAUUCAGACUCAAUUUGAACCAUUGCUUGGGGAAUGAGGGGGAAGAGUUGAGUGGUUCAAAGCUGUGGUAGUGUCUUAGGAAAGAAGAAAGAUGUGAAGAGAACUUCUUUGGUGGAGGGAGGAAUUUUGUUUCAAAUGAAUGUUGAGUCUGAAAUUAUAAGAGCACUGGUUUAAAGAGACUACUAUGAAGAAACAGUGUGUUAUGAACUCUCGAUCUAUGAUAGACAGUCUCCAAUUUAACAAAAUUCUUUCAAUGUGAGCAGAAAUGGACAGAUGAAAGACUAUAAUGUUAAUUAAUUCUUUGUAACAGCAAACAGUAUUCCUAUUUUAACUAUUUCAGGUAAAUACCCAGUGCAUGGAGGAUCGCAAUUACCUUAAAGUAGAAGUCCAUUCGCAGUGUGAGAGACAAACUUAAACAUACAUAGCUCCUACUUUGCAAUAUUACUGACUAUUAAUGAGUUCCUUCAGCCUGACAGUGCACAUGUCAAAAAGGUGUUACAUCAGCUGUUCAUUGGUGCGACUUGAUUUGCAAAAGUCCUACUGAUAUAUACUGACAAAACUAGAAAUCCAAUGAUAAUUUCAAAAAUGCUGCAUAUCAGAAAUAAAUGUUGGAAACAAGUAACAGGUCUCUGUGUAGUGCCCAAGUACAUUAAAGUCUGUUGUUAUAGCUUGAUUAGUCAAAGUGCUUUUCCUAUAAAUGAAAGAACUUGAACCUGAAUCCCAGUGAUUAGUUAUUAUUUAGAGUCAUAGAGAUGUACAGCACGGAAAGAGACCCGUCGGUCCAACCCAUCCAUGCUGACCAGAUAUCCUCUGUUCUAUAGCUUUCUGCAGUUUUUCUCCACUUAAUUAAUAUUCACCUCCUCUACUCUUCCUGCCAUAAUUUCAUA